GCUGUAGUUACUUUUAUGGGAAUAGAGGCGCACAUUCGCAUGCUAUAGUCUUACCACAGUCAAUUAUAAGCUACAAGGUCCAUGGUCGGCAGUUGUCCUACCCCCACGCAUAAGUCAGUCUUGGGACUUGGUCAGAUGGCAGGCAAACUUUACCAUUAAUCCCUUACUAAUAAUUACCUGCCUCCCCAUUACCCAGCGUGCUUUAUCAAAUCAAACCAUGUAUCCUCCUCAUACCCUUAUAAGAUUCCCUCGAAUCAUUCAGGACGGAUACGUCCGCCUACUCCGCCGUAGCGUCGCCUUAUUCCCGUAUAGCAAGCAUCUUUCCGGCUCGGCGGGCGCGGUGCAUAAUGGAUAAUAUCAAUCCCCAGUCGUACAUUCUUUCCGAGGAAGAAUCGCGGAUUGUAUUUGAGCGAGAUAUCCUCCCUUCCGAACUGAGCGGACUCUCUUUAGCCGAGGCGCCUAUCUCCAAUAACGGUAGCGGAGUCGCGAGAACCCCGCUCGCGGUUCUGCUCAUCGGCCAGACAGGCGCCGGGAAGACGCGCACAGCGCCCGCGAUCAAGAAUGCCCUGGUCCGUCUCCGCGGCGGCGAGCGGCUCGCGCAUUUCGUCGCCGACACGUAUAAGACGUUCCAUCCAGCAUACCGCAUGAUCCUCGCCGCGCGCCCUGCUCUAGCCUCGUCGGCAACCAGCCCCGAUGCGCGGCGCUGGCUCGCCAUGGCUGCAUCUUACGCUGCGUCGCAGCGCGCCGACGUGCUUAUCGAGUCCGCAGCUCGGCACCCGGGCGAUUUCGCGGACCUGGCGCGCCUCUUUCGCGCAGAAGGAUAUCGCGUCGAAGUAGCCAUCCUGGCGGUCCCUGCGGCGCUCAGCCGUCUUGGCAUUCUGACGAGGUUCUACGAGAAGCUGCCGGAGGCCGGGCCGCAAGGCGGACUACCCCUCCGCCUGACGCCGGGUAAAGUCCACGAUGAAUCUUAUGCGGGGUUAUUAGAGGCAGCGGCGUUUGUGGACUCGUCGGACGCCGUCGACCAGGUUGUGGUUGUGCGGCGGGAUAGCCUGGUGGCGUAUGCUAACGAACGAAUUAGAAACAUAAGCGACGGUGAUGGCUGGAGGUGGGGACCGAGUACUGCCGAGGCCGUGCGGAUAGAGAGGGAACGGCCGUUGACGGCUGGGGAGAAGAUAGGUGCUGAGCUUAGUUUACAAAGGCUUCGGAAGAUGAAUGUACCCGGCCUCGAAAACCAGCUAGUAGAAAUCGAAAGGAUGCUAGAACCCCUUUUAGGUGCUCUCGACGACUCAGUGCAUUUACCCUUGAAACCCCUCUCUCUCCCUAAUUCGGUGCACGAUGAUCAAUUCGAUGUUGAUGCAGGCCUUACGCUUGGGACGACGCCACCAGGUUGUAUUCGGUCCCUUUCCUCGAAGGUGUCCACUAGUGUGAAUGGGAUAAAUCUAUGAGACUAUCUCUUAGCAGCAUUAUAAAUACUACCUACCUAGGCAUAU